GCGCGAGCCCGCCCUCUUAGUCACGUGAGCCCCGACUCCGGGGUUUUCAGCUACGGUCUUCCUAGCUCGGGUUCCAGAAAUCGGGCGUUAUGGCUGCCGCCGUGCCCCGCGUGGCUUCUCUCUCCUCGCUGUUUCCACUCCUUCUGGGCCUCCUGCUACUCUCCGCCCCGCAUGGCAGCAGCGGCCUGCACACCAAGGGUGCCCUUCCCCUGGAUACUGUCACUUUCUACAAGGUCAUUCCCAAAAGCAAGUUCGUCUUGGUGAAGUUCGACACCCAGUACCCCUACGGUGAGAAGCAGGAUGAGUUCAAGCGUCUGGCUGAAAACUCGGCCUCCAGCGAUGAUCUGUUGGUGGCAGAGGUGGGGAUUUCAGAUUAUGGCGACAAGUUGAACAUGGAGCUGAGUGAGAAAUACAAGCUGGACAAAGAUGACUACCCAGUCUUCUACCUCUUCCGGGAUGGGGACUUUGAGAACCCAGUCCUGUACAGUGGGACAGUUACGUUUGGAGCCAUCCAGCGCUGGCUGAAGGGACAGGGGGUCUACGUAGGUAUGCCUGGUUGCCUGCCUGCCUAUGACGCGCUGGCCGGGGCGUUCAUCAGGGCCUCUGACAAGGAAGCACGCCGGGCCCUGUUGAAGCAGGGGCAGGACACGCUCGCGAAUGUGAAGGAGACCGAGAAGAAGUGGGCAGAGCAAUACCUGAAGAUCAUGGGGAAGGUCUUAGACCAAGGUGAGGACUUCCCAGCAUCAGAAACGACCCGGAUCACCAAGCUGAUCGAGAAGACCAAGAUGAGCGAUGGGAAGAAGGAGGAACUCCAGAAGAGCUUGAACAUCCUGACUGCCUUCCAGAAGAAGGGGGCAGAGAAAGAGGAGCUGUGAAAAGGCAUUCCAGGGGUUAUUGGGAUGGGAGGGAAGAGUUAACUUGCUGGCUGUGAGACCCUUGAAUAGUAGAAGAGGGUAAUGGAAGAGGUGGUACUUGACCUGAAACAUGAGCCCUGGGCGUGCCUGGACACUGAUAUGGAUGUAACUGUGGUGUCGCAGGUCUGGGGAUAGCUGGCACACCCACUCAGCUGGCUCUGAAAUGCCCCCUCAGAAGGAAUUGGUGCUAUAAAGGAAAGUAUACUGCCCAGGUCCCUGACAAGUGUAAUUCUGAUCCAAUUAAAGUUUUAGUCUUUUGGUUAAGUGGA